CCAUCUCGUCUGCUAAUUGCUUCUUCGUGCUAUUUACUCAAUUGGCCGAGGAAAAGCACGGAUACAAAGGUAAUGAGAAUUUUAUCAUUUUUUCAUUAUACUGAAAUUAGUAAUAAAUUUAAAUUUAUUUUCGAGUGGCUGUUUGUCUUUUGGCACGAAUCGCAAAUAUGUGUGCUUAUCAGCAAACUUUCUUUGGCGACAGUGGCUGGAUCAAUAUUGGUAGGCGCGCAACACUUAUACACACAGAGCGCCUUCGCUGGCGCGUUCUAAAGGUGGGCUUUUCGCGCGAUCUCCGCGACGACUGAGGAGGUGAGAAAUGGCCUAAAGUGGUGGGAUCGCGCGGUGUGUUGGGAAAAUCGCACGAGAUCUGCAGUCAAUAUGUUGUGAGUCGCCCGCCGGAUCGUUCUUAGUUGUCCGUGUGCCUCCGCCGUGGCGAGAUCAAGCGCGCGCAUCCAGUGAAGCUGUGAAGGACUUUUUCGCGCGAGAGAAUGGAAAGAAUCAUCCUUGUGUUGCUCCUCGCGAUCGGACUGUGUGUGAUAUUGUGUAACUCCAGUGAGAUUGACGUGAAUCUGCUGCACGAGAUCAGUGAGCGCAAUGCCACGGCCGCGGAGAUCAUCAACAGCAGCCUGUCGGAGUUGGUGGAGGAGUUCAGAUCCACAACCGCCGCUCCGCCGUCCACCACCACCACGCCGGCCGUCAACGAGCAGGAGCUGCUCAUCCCGCCGGCCACCGUGAACGCCAACAUCGCCCAGAUGCACCACACGGCGCCCCGCAAAAGAGGCCCCAUCGUGAUAAGCUCAGAGCCUGACUGUCCUUCCCUGGAGAAUGCGGAUGAACUCUCGCAGACGCAACUGCUCAAGACACUGACCCACGGUUGCCGCUACGAUCGCCUCGAGAGGCCCAUUCACUAUGGCGAAAACAAUACGCGUCUGCCCGUGGACGUCUUCGCUCGCGCCUACAUCUACUUCAUCCAGAACCUCGAGGCGCACGAUCUGCAGUUCAAGAUCCACGUCCUGCUUCAAAUGCGCUACGUGGAUCCCCGCCUGGUGUUCCGGGAAGUGGCGCCGAAUCGUCACGAAUCCAUCAUGGGUGAGGCUUCACUGAGGCAAUCUCUGUGGGUGCCGCACGUCUUCCUGGCCAACGAGCGCUCCUCCAGCAUCCUAGGAACCAACGAGAAGGACAUCUUGACCUCCAUCUCGCCGGACGGAACGGUGAUUGUCUCGACGAGAAUCCAGGCGCAGCUCUAUUGCUGGAUGAAUCUGCAGAAGUUCCCCUUCGACGAGCAACAUUGCCAAAUGAUCCUCGAGAGUUGGAUGUACAACACCUCGGAACUGGUUCUGCACUGGGAACAGAAAUCCCCAGUGACUCUGGCACCUGAACUCCAUCUCACCGAGUACGUGUUGCUGAACAUGUGGACAAACGAAACGAUGAUCAACGCUGACUUGAGUGAUUUGCGGCACGGAGCCUUUGCCGGCAACUACAGCUCCCUGACCUUCACGAUACACUUGGCGCGCGAGAUGGGCUUCUACCUGAUGGACUACUUCAUCCCCUCGAUGAUGAUCGUGGCGAUCUCGUGGGUGUCGUUCUGGCUGCAGGCCGAUCAGUCGCCGCCGCGCAUUAUGCUAGGUACCAGCACCAUGCUCACCUUCAUCACGCUAGCGUCCGCCCAGGGCAAGACACUGCCCAAGGUGAGCUACAUCAAAGCGUCCGAGGUGUGGUUCCUGGCGUGCACGGGUUUCAUCUUCGGUUCCCUCGUGGAGUUCGCCUUUGUGAACACGAUCUGGCGCAGGAAAAGGAACGUGGAGCUGAAGAAGGUCAAUAGCAAGUACAUUCUCAAGUCCACGCUCACGCCGCGUCCGCAGCGCAAGGAGAUUGGUGGGAACCUACAGAAGUCGCACUCCUGCUCCAGCCUGGACGCGCAGAGCAUCACAACUGCCGCCCCGUCGUACAACAAUUAUCUCACGGUGCAUAGCUUCUCCAACAACAAGAUCAAUUUGCCCAUCAUCACCACGCAGAGCUGCGAUGAUCUCACUCAGGACAACGGCACGGUGAUCAAUGUGGAGCCGGACUCCUCGUCGACUCUCCAGGGCAACAGUGCUAUGCCGUCGCCGCAGCCCCAGAACACCGGCUGGACCACGAUGACGCCCCAGGAGAUCGCCAUGUGGAUCGACAGGCGAUCGCGCUUCCUCUUCCCCUGUGCAUUUCUCGUCUUCAAUAUCUUCUAUUGGAGCUUCGUGUACUGCCUCUGAGCAUGUCUUCGCAUCUAUAGACUUUAUUAUCUCAUAAACUUUGUAACAAAGAUUCCUUAGUCAUAUCUCUUACCUUUGUAUUCGCCUAUUUAUAUUGCAAAUCCAAAUGUUAAAUAAAACUAUUGCCUAAGAAUCUCA